AAUCCAAACCCUAAACCCCGCCGCCGCUUGCACACACCGCCGUCGGGGAGAGAGAGAGAUAGAGGCGGCGAUGGCGAAGAAGCUGGGGAAGAAGGCGCGCAAGUUCGCGCGCAAGCACCUGCAGACCGCCGCCAAGCGCAACCGCAAGAUCCGCUCCCAGUUCGCCCACCGCCGCCCCCGCAGAGGUGGGAGCGGCCGGGAGGAGGGGCGCCGGGGCGAUGGCGACGAGGACGUGCCGCGGCGAGAGGGCGGCGCCACCAUGGACAUGAAUGAUCCUGCUGCUACUUUGGUUAUUGGCCUGGAGUUUCCAGAGGAUGGGGCUGAAAUGAACACUGAUCUAUCUGACAGUGAUGGUUAUCUUUCAGAGGAUUCUGAGUGUCCGUACUAUUCUGAUAGUGAGGAUGUCGAUGUUGUCGAAGAUUGUAUCAUGAAAGAUGGUUUGUACAGACAGAAUGAUGAGCUGAAUCUGGAUAUCAAAAAACAAAAGAAAAAGUUGAAGAAGUUGUUGGAUAAGGACCCAGAGUUUGCUAACUUCCUUGAAAAAUGGCAGUCGGAGUUGGAGAACUACAGAAGUAAAGAAGACUCGGAUGAAGAAAAUGAGAUGGAUUCUAUGGAUGAUGACGUUGACUCUAGUGAUAAAAAUCCCCCAAAUGCUAAGAUUCUUACAAGCAAGACUAUAAGUGAAUGGUGCCAGUUAGUUGCAAAGGAACCAAAAUCACCUGCACUACGUAACCUACUAAAUGCUUUUCGGGACGCAUGUCGGUUUGGUGUUUACUCUGAUAGCUCCUUGAUGCAGAGACUUCAAAAUAUCAGAGUGUUCUAUCAGAUAAUAACGUUUGUUCUUUCUCAGUCAGACAGCAUUUUCCGUGCUCUUUUGGAAAUUUCAGAUGAUGCUAACAAAGGGAAAAUUAUAAAUCUGAGAAAUUCUAAGAAAUGGCAAACUGUUGGUCCUCUCAUAAAGUCUUACUUACGGAAUUCUCUUGAUCUGCUUAGUCAACUUACUGAUAACAAAAUACUUACUUUUAUUUUGACUCGGCUGAGAGCAUCGGUGGUUCUUUUUUCUGCAUAUCCGUCAACAUCAAGUAGGCUUCUUAAGAUCUUAUUUAGCUUAUGGGCUAGUGAUGAUCAGAGCUUGUCUUUGUCUGCAUUUCUAAUGAUCCGAGAAGUAGCUUCACUGUUACCCGACUGUUUGGACCUCUGCUUAACUAAAGCCUAUAAUACAUACCUUGCCAGUACCGAGCUUGUGAAUCAGAGAAAUACAAAGCAUAUUGAUUUUCUGAUGAACUGUCUGGUAGAGCUUUAUUCUCUGGAUGUUCAGAAAUCAUGUGAGAGGGCAGUAAUCUCUGUGGGGCAACUGAAUGCUAUUCUUAAACAGGCUUCUAAAACAAAGGAAAAGGAAGACCUCAGGAAGAUAGAUAACUGGCAAUAUAUCAAUUGUGUGAACCUAUGGGUUAGGUUUCUUUGUUGUAACUACAAGGAUUACAAUCUCCAUCCAUUAUUUUCGCAAGUUCUUCAAGUAAUAAGAGGAGCGGCUCACUUAUUCCCAGGCACACGAUACUUGCCAUUGAGACUGAGGCUUGUGCAGAUGCUGAAUGAGCUUUCCAUUUGCAGUCAGCUGUUUAUUCCAAUUUCAUCUUUGCUAUUUGACUGCCUAGAAUUUAGAGAAACUCAGAAAGAACAAACACAAAAAACAAAGGUCAACUUCUCAUCACUGUUGAAGGUGCCAAAGAACCUGCUGAAAUCAAGGGAUUUUCAAGAGGAGUGCAUUCUUUCAGCGAUUCAGGUUCUGUCGGCACACUUUGCCCAGUGGAGCUAUCAUGUUUCUUUUCCAGAAGUAGCCACAAUUCCUCUUAUCCUCUUGAAAAGACUACAUGAGCAGACAACGCUCGAAUCACUUCAACGUCCUAUUAAACGCAUGAUAGACCAGGUUAAUGAGAACAAGGAUUUUAUACAGAGGAAAAGAGAGAACGUCUCUUUUUCACCAAAUGAUAAGGCAUCAGUUGAGAGCUUCCUUCAGGAGGAGAAGAGCAAAGGAAAUGCUUCAUUCACACGAUUUUAUGCAUCCAUAUCAGAAAGCCAUCAGCCGAGAGGGAGAAAAGCGCUUUAAAAUAUCAAAUGGAAUGACUGGGAACCAUUUGGAACUGGUUAGCCUCCAAAUGAGGACUGAGAUACGCUUACGACGAGCUGAAGAGAAGAAUCGCUAGAUGUAACCUUCACUGAUGCUUUUAUUGAGUUGUUAUUCAGAUCAGGCAACGAGUCUUGUGCUCAUCAAUUUUGGUUGUAAUUGUAGCUUUUGUGGUGUAUUAGACACUAUAACUGGUUUCAACGGUCAAGGGAUGAUCGAAUGGUUCUUCUGCAGCCGCUUGAUCCUUGAGAUGAGAUUUGGACUGGGUAAUAUUAUUUUCCUUUACCGUA